GACUUGUUUUCAUUUAGGUAAAAUAAUAAAAUAAGCAACCAAUACCUGCCUACCUUAUUAAAGAUACCCACGAAUGACGUACACGGUCGAGUAAAAUAAAACACAUUUUGUUUAGUUUAGUUAGUUGUUUAUGUUUACCUUAGCAACUUGAUGCUACGUACACUUGUCCAGAUGAAACAAAUAAAUGUCAGGAGUGCUGUCGUUUUCGUCGCUUGCUUUGUGAUCAGUUCUGUGAAACCUCAAUGGGCAUAUGAAGAUGACAACAGUAAAUGCAGUGGGUCGGAUGAAUGUAUACCAAUUAAACAAUGUAGACCUAUGUUAGAUUUGAUACAAAGCUUUAAUGGUGGAGUUCCUUAUGAGAUACAACAAAAACUAAAGGAAUACAGAUGUGGGUUUUCUGGAUUAGAUGUCAAGGUUUGCUGUCCAAGUUCAACCCUCCAGGGUGGAAAAGGUGACCCUCUACCCCCCGACGUAAGCCGACACAAAAACUUCAAUUUAUUACCACAAAAUUGCGGGUAUUUGGACUCCAGUAACAGAAUUGUAAAGGGUAACAAAACUGGACUCUUUGAAUUUCCCUGGAUGGCCCUUAUAUCUUAUCAAACCGCCAGUGGUGCUCAAUUUGGAUGCGGGGGCACCAUAUUAAAUGAAAAGUACAUUUUGACAGCCGCCCAUUGCAUCAGCGACCUUAUUCUCAAACCAAGAAGGCGAUCACUUUUGGGAGUAAGAGUUGGCGAUCAUGACAUAGAUUCUCCAAAAGAUUGUGAGACGACCAAAGGCAUAACAGUUUGUGCUCCACCUUAUCAAGAUUUUAGAAUUGAAAAAGCAGUCCCCCAUGAACAAUAUAACCCCAAUGCUAAUUUUAAUAAUGAUAUCGGACUCAUAAGAGUAGAUGGAACCAUGAACUUAAAUAAGGAAAACAUAAAGCCAGUGUGUCUGCCUGUUGGCCCGGGAAGGCUCUACCAAUUCGGUAAUAAUAAAGGUGUGGUGACUGGUUGGGGGGCCACAGAAACAAGCACGCGAAGUUCCGAUCUCCUACAAGCGCAUCUUCCGCUUAUAUCAUGGGGGGAGUGCAGUAGAAACUACAAAAAUCGCAACUUCAAAUCACCUAUAACCUAUAAACAUUUGUGCGCGGGAGGGACUGGUAAUCAGGACUCCUGCGCGGGGGACAGCGGGGGGCCCCUCCACGCCGUUGUUCCCAAUGAGGAUACAGGGGAGACUAAAUACACCCAGCAAGGGAUUGUUUCCUUCGGGCCUAAGAACUGCGGGGCCGAUGGUUUUCCUGGUGUUUACACCAAGGUUUCCUACUAUAUGGACUGGGUUUUGGACAAUAUGAGACGUUGAGUCGUUAAAAGACUGUAUUUUUUAAUUUAAUUAAGAUGUGAUAAUUAUUGUUGUUUUUUAUAUGACGGGAGUUAUUUUUUUUUGUGACUUAUGGUUGUAUGCAGAUUUGUUGCGUUAACAUUUUUUUAAUAUCUGACAAAAAAUUGUUGGACCAACAAAUAUUAAUUUUUUUCAGCCAAAUCAUUGUUAGAGUUAAUAACUUAUAUUUUAUGUAUUGACAAAUGCUACAUGUAUAUUUUUUAAUAAAAAUUGCUCAUAAGAA